UAUGCCGCGAUAGCCUUUCUCUGGAAAUCAUCAUUCUUGUUUCAAGUCGGACAGUAAACACGGCCGCGCUCUUGCGUGACGUCACUUCCGUAAUAAACACCAGCGAUACUGAUGGGGCAACGCUGAGCCCAACGAGGGGGAUGUUGAUUUAUCUGUGACGUUUGGACGGAUACAAUUGCAAUUUAUUAUCAUAUCGCAAGAUUAUUAUUAUUAUCAUAUCAUAUAUAACGUUAUAACGACGCAUGCGCAAUGCGGUCCAGUUGGACAGAGAGGAAGGUCGCUCUUCCAAAACUGAAGCUGCCGAUUUGAGCUCAUCUGCUGCCUGGAUCCCUGAAUACAUCCUGAAGGAAAGUGAAUUGGUGUAUCUCCUUUCCAAAAUGAGCCGGGACGUUCCCAUCCACAGCUGGUCUGGCUCCUAUUACAUCAACAGUGACAAGCGGUGGGAAAAUGGCACGCUGUCUCUCACCCGGACCACGGUGCACUUUGUCUCCAACCAGAGUAAAGAGAGCCUGGCCAGCUUCCGCCUCUCCGGGAUCAUGGAGAUCAAGAUGGAGUCGUCCAGUUUCAUCUUCAGCACUCUCACGGUGCUUGAAGAGGGCAACGUGAAACACUGGUUUGGUUCCCUUAAGCCCAACAGGGUGGUGGUUUAUAAUGUGUUGGAGCAUUUCUGGAGGGAACGCCUUCUGUCCCCUUCCUCAGAGGCCCGGGGGGCCGAAUGUCACCCCUCGAAGGGCGGGGAGCUCAUCAAGCUGGUGGCAGGGUCCCAGAAGAGACUGGAGGACACCGGCAGGGUCCUCAGCCACCAAGGAGAGCAGUUUGACAAUAUGAUGCAGGGGCUGGAGACCAUUGACUCUGAUCUGGGCGUGGCUGAUAAGCUUUUGUUGCAGCUGGAGUCUCCCUCCUGGUGGCCUUUUGGUAAACUCCCCUGGAAGGGUCAGCAGGAGGCCAAGGCCGAGGACGCCGCCAGAGCCGCCGCAGCUUCUGUGGCCGGCAAAGGGUCCGCUAGAAAUAAGGUGAUCGCGAGCAUCCCGGCUGUGGUGACCCAAGGCGGGAGCUCCGACUUAAAACCCGGAUGCUUGUUGGUGCUUGUCUCCUCGCUGGAGGCGCGAGACACGAACUGCCAACUCCUCCACCGCUUCGAACGGAACGACGUCGACGAGAUCCGGGUGCACAGUCCGUACGAGAUCACCGUCAGGCAGCGGUUCAUCGGCAAGCCCGAUAUAUGCUACAGGUUCCUGUCCGCCAAGAUGCCGGAGGCCAUGUCGGUGUUGGACAUGCAGUACAAGAAGAAAGUGGACUUCACGAGUGGAUACGCUGCGUUCAGAGCGACUCCGGCUUCAUCGCCGUGUGACGCAGAGAGACCGAACUGGAACGAAGUCAGGUUUGAGCCAAGUGACGGAGCUCCCGCUGCAGCUCCCAGCAGGAGAGCUGUCCCAGCUGCAGGUGCACGUCCCCCAGCCGACUGUCAGUCAGGCCGAGGCCCAAGAACUCAAGCAGGUGAGAGGCCCCCGUUUGCGAAAAAAAAACGUGACCCGCGAAAUCUAGAUCCUUCACAUAUUCUUCGGAAUUAUAUUUAUUAUAGUAAACAAGCCAUGUGGUUUUCAGCGACGUGUAUUUUGAAAGUUCCGUUCCCAAACCCACACAAUUCACCAGAGUGAUUUUUAUUUUUCUUAUCCUGUGUGAUUAAAAAGUUAUCCAGCGAGACCACGAAAACCAACGUCCAUCCUGGUUUUAAGAGAAGGAAAGAAAACAUGUCCAGUCGUCUGGUCGGACUUUACAACGUCUUUCCAUGCGGAACCUCGUCUGUGGUGGAAAGACCUUCACACGGAUGCAAAUUCAGACUUAUGAUGAAGGCAACUUUUAUAUUCCAAGUCUUUUAUUCUCAGUUUUAUUUUUAGAAUCAAAUUUAAUGUCGAACCGUUUUUUUUUUUUUUUUUUCCACACAUACAGAUAAUUUAGAUGAUUUAAUGAGCGUUGACUUCACGAGAUCACCGUGAUUGUACUAAACUCCGACGAGAAAUAAUGUAACACACGCGUGACAAAACCAUCUUUUGAGUCCCGUACCGAUACAUAUUUGGAAGUUGGAUGGAUAUAUUCGCCCAUUUUAAUUUUUCAUGCAUAAACACAUAACAUAAAGAAGAUAAUACAGAAUAUUGGGGUUGACGAGUACUUGCAGCCUUGUGUGACCCAGUCCCUUUUUCCACGAUGCAGACCCACUGCCUACAUCUUAUCUCGACGGAGGCAUUGUUAAGACUUUAUACACGAAUAUGUAGUUAAUAAUUGUUCAUAAUAACGACGUACAACGUUUCACUGUUGUCCUAUAAUCUUUUUUUUCGAACACAUUUAUCACAGCGGCGACAGCGUCGGGCCGGGUCGGCCCCGUCUAUUGUGUUCGCAAAAUAAACUUCAAAGGCCGCCAAUUUGGACUUAAUGCCGCGCUCCUGCACACGCCCUCCUCUUAAUGCGACUCGUGCACAGAUUAGAAUCUAUAGACGGUCACUCCGUUUCAUAUCCUGCAGUAAGUGCUGUGAGCAAAUAUUCCCCUUUGUCCCAACAUUUUAUACCAGUAUUAUUGCUCGCGGGCACGAAACUGGUUUACUCAUUCGUAGAUUUCAUGUUCUGGUAUUUCUGCUGAUAAUUUCGCGGUCCUGAAAAUUUUCCCAGUCGUGCGCGAGACUAGCAUUUUAAGCACGUGUGUUUCUAGCCUAAAUGUUUAAUUUAGGGGCUUUCUACAUGACUAAAGCCCUCGAACCAUUGAAUAAGCAACGGCUAAAAAUAUUCACUUUUUUUUCUUCUUUCUAUGACGCACUAAAAAUCUGCGAAUGUGUGCUUCAGUCACGUUCUCCCAGCUGACUCUCGAGUGAGCAAAUGCAGUCGUUUUCCUCGGUGUGUGUGUGUGUGUGUGUUGACACACUAUCUGUUUUUCAAACUGCCGUCUGGAACGGUUUCAGUGGUUCGGGGUCCGAUGUUCGGCCCGGGUGAAAGAAAACUGACAUAAUGUCAGUAGGCGUGUGAGAGCAUGUGUAGCAUAGCACAAUAUUAUUUUAGAAGCCGGUGGGGGUUUGGGGGGGGGGGAGGGGAGUGUUUAUUAGAUUUUGCUUGGCACGUCCCUCUUGUAUUUAAGUUGUUCCAUCAACCAUAACAUACACGGUUGCCGGACCAUAGAGAUGUUAGUCGCAUGUGUUCCUUACAACCGCCGAGAGACGAAAACAAAUAGUAUCGUACGAGUUCAACGAUCCCAUCGGGAGAUGAGCCAAAGAUUUCUCUCUGAAUAUCUUCUCAAGCUUCAUAUGCUGCACGACGUCUGGAACAUCAUCAUAUUAAGACAUUCAGCAGCAGGCAGGUUGUCAAAAAAAAAAAAAAACGUUGAAUUUAAUUACCUUUUCAUUCUCACCUGCUCCUCUUUCUCUGUUUUCAACACACACACUCACACACACACACUCACUCACUUUCGAACUCCCUGACCCCAUCUGUACACGUCUUCACAUAUGGUCCACAUGUUCCACCCGGCAACUGCUUUUUUCCUUUUUCUUGUCAGUUUCAGUAUUCAAUCUUCUUUUUAUUUGUGUCAUGCUCCUCGGUUCAGUCCAUGUUCACUGGGGGGGGGGAGGGGGGGGGGGGCUAGUGUGUAAUUCAAACGAGGAGUGUGUGUGUGUGUGUGUGUGUGUGCAGAUGCUGAUGCAGCUGAAGAACCUUGCCCUGGAGGCAGACACGGAGCUGGAGCGGCAGGAUGACGUUCUGGACGACCUGACCAGCUCCACCGACAGAGCCACCAUGCACAUAGAGAAGCA